CAGGGAAUCCGUGCCACCUUUGGUUAUGUCUAUUUUGAGAGAGAUAGCGACAGAGGCUGUUGAAACUUGAAACUUGAUGUAUUAUUUUCUUCAUUUCUUUCCUACCUUUCUAGCUCCAACCUUCAAAAUCACCAACUCUAUAUGUAUUACUCUCAAUUUCUGAUCUUGGCUUUGACAAAAUUUCCAAAACUAUGGAAGAUGAAAGAGAAACUUUCUUGUCAAAGAGCCCACAAGUUUCAGGCAACUUAGACAAUGAAGGAGCUGAAUUGAAGAGCCUUAGAUUAUGUCUCAAAUGGGUGUGUUUAGAUCAAUCCAAUCUCUGGAGGGCUAGUCUUUCAUGGUCUAUCUUCUUUCUAUUAGCCAUUGGUGUUCCAAUCGGCUCACACUUUGCCCUUUCGUGCUCGAGUUGCGAUGAAAACCAUAGCCGGCCUUAUCGUCUGGUAGUCCAAAUUUCCCUUUCUGUAUUCGCAACACUCUCAUUCUUGUGUCUCUCUACUUGGUCAAAUAAACAUGGUUUAAGAAAGUUUCUCUUCCUUGAUAAGUUAAGUGAUGCCAGUGAGAAAGUCCAACAUGGAUAUACAAAACAGCUCCAGAGGUCAAUGAAGCUCCUCUUGAUUUUUUUACUCCCCUGUUUUGUUUCUGUUUGUGCCUACAAAAUAUGGUGGUACGUCUCAGGUGGCACCAAACUUCCAUAUUAUGUUAACAUCUACAUAAGUGACACAAUUUUAUGCACAUUGGAGCUGUGUUCAUGGCUCUACCGAACAGCAAUAUUCUUCCUUGUGUGCAUUCUCUUCCGAGUUAGUUGCUAUCUGCAAAUACUUAGACUAGAAGACUUUGCUCAAGUUUUUCAGAAAGAAACUGAGGUGGGAUCAAUCUUAGUGGAGCACUUCAAAAUUAGAAGAAAUCUCCGGAUCAUCAGCCACCGCUUCCGAGCAUUCAUUUUUUUGACUUUGGUUUUGGUCACAGCAAGUCAGUUCACUACUCUUCUAGAUACAGUCCCAUCCAGUGCUAAUGUCAAUAUCUUCAAGGCUGGAGAACUUAUAGUAUGCUCUAUUAGCCUGGUGACUGGGCUUUUCAUAUGCUUGCGCAGUGCCACAAAAAUUACACACAAAGCACAGUCCCUUACAAGUCUUGCUGCAAAGUGGCACGCCUGUGCCACAAUAAACCCUUUCGAUAACACAGAUGGUGAGACUCCAAGGGCUCGGAUUACUUCAAGUCAAGUAUUUUCUAUGAAUCAUUAUUGGGAAUCAGAUGAUGAAGAGGAUGGAGAUGAUGAUUUGGACAAUACCAAAUUGGUGCCAAUUUUUACGCAUACAAUCUCAUUUCAGAAGAGACAAGCUCUAGUGACAUAUUUGGAGAACAACAAAGCAGGAAUAACAGUGUUUGGAUUCAUGCUGGACAGAACUGGGCUUCGUUCCAUUUUUCUGCUUGAACUAGCUCUUUUUCUCUGGCUGCUCAAGAAGACAAUCGACGUAUCUUAAUCCUUUUCUUUCGUUCUUCCUUUGUAUGUUUUGUGUUUUUUGAAAACACAAGCACCCUCAAAGUUUAUGUAUAUAAUCUACUUUGGCCGCCAGUAAACUUUUCUGCAUAUGGUAUGGAUCCUAACUUUUUAUUAAUAAAAAAUGUAAAACACUAGUUCAA